AUGUCAAACUCUGUUUCUAACAUAGAAAGUGAAAAUAUCCUUCCGGAAGACUUAUCAACACCAUCCAUAUUUAUCUCUGACAUAAUAUACAAAAUAUUACUACAUCUUGCUCCAAACACAUACGACGUCCAAUAUCAUCAUGAAGGAUUCAAAGAUAUCUAUCAAUGUCUGUACAUAAAUCGUCAAUGGUGUUGUCAAACAAUUUCGUUUUUAUGGCGUCAACCAUUUAAUCCACCAAAAGGCGGCUUUUGCCAACGACAAUUUUGUGUUUUAAUGUCUUUUCUUUCGCCGUCACGUGUUGCAAGUCUUCGCAGCGAACACAAUAUUGAUUUACAACAGUCGUUAUUGUAUGGUGGCAACUCCGGAAAUAAGCCAAUUUUUUAUUAUCCAGCAUAUAUAAAAUAUUUGAAUUAUGGUGAUUUACUCAGAGUAGUUCAUACAUUCAUUGUGACUACGGAUGCGAAACCGUUGACAGCAAGUCCCGCAAUGAUCGAUGCACUAUUGCAUACAUUUGUUGAAUAUGGAGCAAAAUUGAAUUUUCUGGAAUUCAAAGGCGGAAAUAGCCUUUAUCUCAGUAAUUACUUGAUUUUGACACAAGAAAAAUUAAUUCCAUUUUUCUCAGAGACCAAAAAACUUGAUUUAUCAAGAGCUUCAAAUAAGAGCGAAUUGAUUCUUUAUUUCUCUGUAGUAUGCCAGCAUUUAACAACAAUUUCAAUUAAAAUACAAGAUUCUGACUACAGAAAUAAUUCACAGGACAUAAAUACAGAAAUUAUCAAAAAUACUGCACAACUUAUUCGUGCGCAAAAGGGACUCCGGAAACUGACGAUAUGUUCAAUUAACGACAAAGGCAUCAACGAAAUACUUGACUCUUUACAUACGCAAACUCGCACUCUUUUAUAUCUGAAAUUUUAUGAUGUAGAUUUCAGUGAAGCCGUAUCGUGGAAUACAAUCGCAGAAUGCGAGAAUUUAGAAAGUUUUGUUUUGCAUUCGUGUCGUAAUAAUUCAAUGAGAUUAUGGAAAUCAAUGAUUAAAAAAGAUGCAUUGCCUCGUUUGAAGUAUGUCGUCCCGGGAAGAAUAACGUCCUACAACAACCCAGAAUUAAGACAGUGGAUGUGGCAAAGAUCAUUAGUUGAUCAACUUUUUCUUGAAGAAUCCUUGUCGGUAAUCAAAAUUGAUAAUGAUAAAUUACCAGAAAACAUUCUGAGUGAUAUUAAGAAACUUUCAAUGUUUUAA